UGGGGAUUUCCGAUUCGGAAGCGUUUUCAGUGCAAGAAAAUUAACGAUUUAAUCGAUAAUAUAAAACGCGGAGAAGUUGUUGAAAGUCGACCCCGGCGCUGUGGAAGAUGGCUCUGGUCUGUGCGAUCUCCAAUGAGGUUCCGGAACACCCCUGCGUGUCGCCGGUGUCCAAUCAGGUGUUUGAGCGGCGCUUGAUUGAGAAAUACAUCGCGGAGAACGGGACCGACCCGACCAACGGACAGCCACUGUCUGAGGAGCAGCUGAUAGACAUCAAAGGUAGUGAUGACAUCAUCACUGAUGCAGUGAUGCUCCACAGUGUGUGUGUAUUGAUGCCUCUCUCCUCUCUCCUCUGUGUUCAGGAUGCAGUGAUGCUCCACAGCUUCACUCUUCGACAGCAGCUGCAGACGGCUCGUCAGGAGCUCUCUCACGCCCUCUACCAGCACGACGCGGCCUGCAGGGUCAUCGCCCGGCUCACCAAGGAGGUCACCGCCGCCAGAGAGGCUUUGGCGACGCUGAAGCCUCAAGCUGGAUUGGCUGUCCCUCAGACAGUCCCCACCUCCCAGCCCACUGCUGUGGGUGCCGGCGAGCCGAUGGAAAUGGGGGAGCAGGUCGGCAUGACCCCGGAUAUCAUUCAGAAGCUUCAAGACAAGGCCACUGUGCUUACCACCGAGCGAAAGAAGAGAGGGAAGACAGUUCCAGAAGAGCUGGUUCGCUCGGAGGAUCUCAGUAAAUACAGACAGGUCGCUUCACAUGCGGGUAUCCAUAGCGCCAGUAUCCCAGGAAUCCUUGCGCUUGACCUUUGCCCCUCGGACACCAGCAAAGUUCUCACAGGAGGUGCUGAUAAGAAUGUGGUCGUGUUUGAUAAGAAUGCUGAGCACAUCAUUGCCACGCUGAAGGGCCACUCCAAGAGAGUCACCAGCGUGGUGUACCACCCCUCCCAGUCGGUGGUGUUCUCUGCCUCUCCCGACGCCACGAUUCGGAUCUGGUCGGUUCCAUCCCAGUCCUGUGUUCAGGUGGUUCGGGCUCACGAGGGCCCGGUGACAGGGCUGAGUCUUCACGCCACAGGGGACUACCUGCUGAGCGCCUCCGAGGACCAGUAUUGGGCUUUCUCUGAUGUGCAGACCGGACGAAUUGGUUUAGUGACUAAGGUCACUGAUGAAACCGCUGGCUGUGCGCUGACCUGUGCCCAGUUCCACCCCGACGGUCUCAUCUUUGGAACUGGAACCCUGGACUCGCAGAUUAAGAUCUGGGACUUGAAGGAGCGCACGAACGUGGCGAACUUCCCCGGCCACUCGGGUCCCAUCACCACCAUCGCCUUCUCUGAGAACGGAUACUACCUGGCAACCACAGCGGACGACUCCUCCGUCAAACUGUGGGAUCUGAGGAAGCUCAAGAACUUCAAGACCAUCCAGCUGGACGACAACUACGAGGUGAAAUCUCUCAUCUUUGAUCAGAGCGGCACCUACCUGGCUAUUGGGGGAACAGACAUCCGAAUUUACAUGUGCAAGCAGUGGUCUGAGGUGCUGAGUUUCACAGAGCACGGGGGGGUCGUCACUGGGGUGGCGUUCGGCCAGCACGCCCAGUUCCUCACCUCCACUGGGAUGGAUCGAAGUCUCCGGUUUUACAGCCUGUGAGAGAAGCCGCCAGCUCUCCCCCUGCUGGACAACAGCGGUGCUGCAGCAGAGCAGCACUGUACAGUUUGAAUACGACUUUGCUGUGACACACACACACACACACACACACACACAGUGUGAGACGCACACACAGACAUACAGAGAUAUAGAGAGACAC